AGCUUAUUGCAUCCAAUUCCUUACCUUUCUCAUUAUCACUUGUUCUUGAGAUCAUGGCUGCAGCAGUCGUAGGUGGUGCAUUCCUCUCUGCCUUCCUUGAUGUUCUUUUUGACAGGCUGGCUUCACCUGAGGUUGUCAACUUUAUCCGUGGAAACAAGCUUCACAACAAGUUGCUUCAACAGUUGGAGACCAUUCUGAGGGUGGUUAGAGCUGUGCUUGAUGAUGCUGAGAAGAAACAAAUCACAGAUUCCAAUGUCAACCACUGGCUCACUACUCUCAAAGAUCUUGUCUACCAGGCUGAUGACUUGCUCGAUCAUGUUUCUACCAAAGCUGCCACCCAAAAGAAGGUAAGAAACUUUUCUCGUUUUUCCAAUAGGAAGAUAAUUACUAAGUUGGAAGACGUAGUUGUCAGAUUAGAGAAUGUUUUAAGACUCAAGGAGAUUCUUGAUCUGAAAGAGAUUGCAGUGGAGAACAGUGUACCAUGGAAAGUUCCAUCAACAUCUCUUGAAGAUGGAUCUCACAUAUAUGGUAGGGAUGAUGACAAGGAGGCCAUAAUCAAGUUGUUGUUAGAGAAUAGUAGUGAUGGUGAAGAAGUGUCUGUCAUCCCUAUUGUGGGCAUGGGUGGGGUUGGAAAAACUACUUUGACACAAUUGGUGUACAAUGACGACAGUUUGAAGGAGAUAUUUGAUUUUAAAGCAUGGGUUUGUGUUUCUGAAGAAUUUGAUAUUCUAAACGUCACAAAAAUUAUAUUAGAGGCGGUUACUGCACAACCUUGUAAAAUCAAUGAUCUAAACUUACUUCACCUUGAUUUGGUGGACAAACUGAAAGAUACAAAGUUUUUGAUUGUUUUGGAUGAUGUUUGGAUUCAAGAUUAUGUUAAUUGGAGUCUUCUUAAGAAACCACUUCAACGGGGAAUUAAGGGAAGUAAAAUUCUUGUUACAACCCGUAAUGAAAGUGAAGCAACUGUAGUCCGUACUGUUCAAGCUUAUCAUCUAAAUCAAUUGUCAGAUGAGGAUUGCUGGUUAGUGUUUGCAAACCAUGCAUGUUUUACUCCAGAAUCUAGUGAGAAUUCAAUGACUCUAGAAAAAAUUGGAAGGGACAUUGUUAAAAAGUGUAAAGGAUUGCCUUUAGCAGUACAAUCACUUGGAGGUAUGUUGAGAAGAAAGCAUGACGCUAGGGAUUGGAAUGAUAUACUAAAUAGUGAUAUUUGGGAACUUGAGUGUAACAUUAUUCCAGCACUGAGAAUUAGUUAUCAUUAUCUCCCUCCACAACUAAAACGAUGUUUUGUUUAUUGUUCAUUGUAUCCUAAGGAUUAUGAAUUUCAGAAAAAUGAAUUAAUCCUACUGUGGAUGGCUGAAGAUCUUUUAAAGCCAGGAAAAACAGGAAAAUCAUUAGAAGAAGUUGGUUGCGAGUAUUUUGAUUAUCUAGUUUCAAGAUCAUUUUUUCAACAUUCAAGAAAUGGGACAUGGGACAAUGAUUUUGUGAUGCAUGACCUUAUGCAUGACCUAGCAACAUCCCUUGGACGAGAAUUCUAUUUGAGAUCAGAAGAUAUGGGAAAAGAAACCAGGAUUGAUGUCAAGAUUCGUCAUUUGUCAUUUACCAAAUUCAGUCAUGCUGUCUUGGACAACUUUGAUGGAGUAAAAUUUUUGAGAACUUUCUUGUCUAUCAUCCAUUUUGAAGUUGCUCCAUUCCAUAAUGAGAAGGCACCAUGUAUUAUAAUGUCAAAACUUUUGUACUUGAGAGUUUUAUCAUUCUGUGACUUCCAAAGUUUGGAUGUUUUGCGUGAUUCAAUAGGUAAAUUAAUCCAUUUGCGUUAUUUAAAUCUGUCUCGUACAAGUGUUUCUACAUUGCCGGAAUCGUUGUGUAAUUUGUACAAUCUAGAAACCUUGAAGUUGUCUGAUUGCACCAAGUUGACUAAGUUGCCCAAUGGCAUGCAGAAUCUUGUAAACUUGCGUCAUCUUGAUAUUUGUGGUGUUCCUUUAAAAGAGAUGCCUAGAGGAAUGGGAAAAUUAAACCACUUACAACAAUUAGAUUUUUUUAUUGUGGGCAAGAAUAUAGAGAAUGGGAUCAAAGAAUUGGGAGGACUUUCAAACCUCCAUGGUUCGCUUACGAUUAGAAAUUUGGAGAAUGUUACCUCAAGUGAUGAAGCAUUGGAGGCCAAGAUAAUGGAUAAGAAGUACAUUGACAGAUUAUACUUGGAGUGGUCUGAAUGUAACGACAAUAGUAGCCAGUUCCAAAUUGAAACAGAUGUACUCUGCAAGUUACAACCUCACCAAGAGCUGAAAUCUCUAUCAAUAAGUGGUUAUCAAGGAACUAGAUUUCCGGAUUGGGUGGGAAAUUGUUUGUUCCACUGUAUAACAAAUCUACAGUUAUAUGAUUGUAAGAAUUGUUGUAUGCUUCCUUCGCUUGGGCAACUACCAUCUCUCAAGGACCUCUGCAUUUCAAGAUUGAAUUCGGUGAAGACUAUUGAUGCAGGUUUUUACAAGAAUGGAAAUUCUUGUUCUGUGAAAUCCUUUCCCUCCCUUGAAUUUCUAGAAAUUUAUAGCAUGCCUUGUUGGGAAGUGUGGAGUUCCUUUGAGUCAGAUGCUUUUUCUUCACUCAGGAGGCUUGUUAUUAGUCAUUGUCCUAAACUACGGGGAGAUUUGCCAAAUCACCUGCCAGCAUUGGAAUCACUUAGAAUUGAUGACCUGCCUUGUUGGGAGAUGUGGUGUUCUUUUGAGUCGUGUGCUUUUCCUCUCCUUAAGGAUCUCAAUAUAUCUGAUUGCCGCAAACUAAGGGGAGAUUUGCCAAAUCACCUUCCUGCUCUGGAAUGCCUUGAGAUUUGUAAUUGCGAGCAGCUUGUGUCUACUCUUCCAAGGGCUCCCGUCCUGCAAACUUUAAACAUUUAUAAAAGCAAUAAAGUAGCGUUGGAUGUGUUUCCUCCUUCGGUGGAAUCUAUAGAAGUAAAAGGAAGCCCAAUGGUGGAGUCCAUGAUCGAGGCCAUCACUAACGUCCAACCAACUUCUCUCCAUUAUUUAUCAUUAAGUGAUAGUUCCUCAGCCAUAUCAUUUCCAGGUGGUCGUUUACCUGCAUCGCUCAAGUCUCUGAGUAUCUAUCAUAUUAAGAAAUUAGGGUUCCCGUCCCAACAGAAACACGAGUUGCUAGAAUCACUAACUGUAUACAACAGUUGUGACUCGCUCACAUCUCUUCCAUUGAUUACCUUUCCAAAUCUCCAAACACUCAUAAUCGAUGGGUGUGAAAAUAUGGAAUCUCUCUUGGUUUCAGUGUCAGAGUCACCUAAGAAUCUAAGUUAUUUUGUGAUUCGCCAUUGCCCUAACUUUGUUUCAUUCCCAAGAGAAGGAUUUCCUGCGCCCAAUUUGAAUUCUUUUAGAGUUGGGUUUUGCAACAAGUUGAAGUCGUUGCCUACUCAGAUGAGUGCUCUUCUUCCAAAGUUAGAGCAUAUUGAAAUAAGCAACUGCCCGGAAAUUGAGUCAUUUCCUGAAGGGGGUAUGCCACCUAACUUGAGUAGGAUUUGGAUUUCCAAUUGUGAGAAACUAGUGAGCGGCCUAGCAUGGCCAUCGAUGGACAUGCUUACCGAUCUCAUCAUCUGUGGUCCGUGUGAUGGCAUAAAGUCCUUCCCAAAGGAGGGUUUGUUGCCUCUCUCCCUUACGUCUCUCUUUCUAUUUGACUUGUCAAGUCUGGAGACGUUGGACUGCAAGGGGCUUCUCCAUCUCACAUCCCUCCAAAAGUUACAAAUUGUUGGUUGUCAUAAGUUGGAGAAUAUGGCAGGUGAAAGGUUGCCUCUCUCUCUAAUAAAAUUACAAAUUUAUGAUUGUCCUUUGCUGCAAAAACUAUGCCUCAUGAAGCACCGUCAAAUUUGGCCUAAAAUUUCCCAUAUCCCUGGCAUUCAAGUUGACGAUAGAUGGGUUUAGGGACCAAGGAUGAUCACCAGUUUGUUUGCAUAGGAAGAGCCGAGAUUUUGCUUAGUAAUCAAUACCAGGAAAAUUGUUGAGCAAAACACUGAAAGUUGACGUGUUUGUGUGUAAAGUUGAUAUUUCUGAGCAAAAGGAAGAGAAAAAGAGAGAUGGAUUAAAGAUGGCAAAAUGUUCCAUAUAAGAAGAAAGAGGAACAAAGAAAAUAUUGAUCCAUGGCUGCCUGGAGCAAGCACCAACAACUCCCUGAGCAUACAGGCCUUGUGGCUAACUGGAAUAGGAAAAUAUUGAGUGUCACUUCCUAUACUCCUGACGUGGAAAUACAAGCAAUUGCCUGUCAUUAAUUCAAAAGAAAAUAUGUGAAUUACCGAAUUUGCUUUUGUUGUUUUAAUAUUUUCACAAGUUUCUCAUGUCAAUGCAUGAAAUAUUUGCUUUGACUCAGGGCCUUUUUCAAAUUGGCAGGGACGAUACCAUCCUACUCAUGGUUACAGCUCCUAUCGGGAAUGUCACUCAGGAAACAAAAAAGUUAAUGGUCUUUGGGAGACCGUAGUAUGUAUACUGUAUAGGCAGUGAAUUCCAUUACACUAUACUGUUUGUUCUCAUCUUGUUAUCAUUAUUCAAAACAAUAAUGAACUGGAAGAAAGGGAAUCAUCAAUUCACAAAGCUUUUGAUUAUUAAGAUCAAAGUGGAGGGAAUGGUUUCAUCUAUAGAAACAAAAGUCAAACUUUUACAAGAGGAACUUGAUCACCUUUACAUUUCAGGCUUCAUUUUGGCAUAGACAAGAGACAAGGAGAUUUGAAGGAUUCAUCGGGAAUGUCAAAACAAAUAAGAGAUGAAUUUAUCAUGUUUUACUUAGUCAGGGGUCAAUUACCAAAUUUCUUGACUACCCUUACUAUUUAUUAGUAUGGAAUUAGGUAUCUUUAUCAUUCUCUUCAAUUUUGUCAUGAUCUUAUUCAUGGAAACAAACCAGAAAGUUGAGUGUAGCUCUCAGUUUCAAGUCUUAUGCAAAAAAGUAAGGUUUUUUUCUUUCUCUUCUCACAGAACAACAAAAAGAGAUCUUGUCCUAAUAAUGAUGGCUCACAAUGGAAACUUAUCCCUAAUUUCCUU